AUGGGUACGAGAGCUGGAAAUGAGCUUCCUGCUUUAGAGAUGCAGGGUGAGGAGCUCAGAGCGGAGAACAUGCUGGAGAGACGAUGUCUCCUGGCUAGUUUGGGAAUGCCUCGAAUUCAAUCCGACCUUUUUGAUCGCCACAUCGACUCCAAGUUUUUUAGCAUUGAUGGCCUCAGUAAGUCGGACAUGGAGAAGCUCACCUUCUACGCUGUGUCGGCUCCAGAGAAACUGGACAGGAUUGGAGCUUACCUGGCCGAGAAGCUGAGCAGAGAUGUGGUGCGACACCGCUACGGGAAUGUGGUGAUAGCCAUGGAGGCUCUGGACCAGCUGCUGAUGGCGUGCCACUCUCAGAGCAUCAAACCCUUCGUGGAGAGUUUCCUGCACAUGGUGGCCAAGCUGCUGGAGUCUAGAGAGCCAGACCUGCAGGUGCUGGGAACCAACUCGUUUGUGAAGUUUGCCAACAUCGAGGAGGACACGCCUUCCUACCAUCGCCGCUACGAUUUCUUUGUCUCACAGUUCAGCGCCAUGUGCCACUCUACUCACGAAGACCCAGAGACCAGAACCAGGAUCCGUGUGGCCGGGAUCAAAGGUCUGCAGGGCGUGGUGAGGAAGACGGUGAACGACGAGCUGCAGGCCAUCAUCUGGGAGCCGCAGCACAUGGACAAACUGAUCCCAUCCAUGCUGUUCAACAUGCAGGACAGUGAAGACCUGGACAGGUACGACACACGCCAAAGCUGCCACGCGCUCGCCUCGAACCGAGAUCUCCCUGCCGUGCGUCGUGUUCCCGUGACUCAUUAUUCUCUGCCCUGA